AUGGAUGACACGACAACCGCACGUUUGCAAGGCUACGUGGUUGACAGCAAUGAAGUUCUGGAGUUCAAGCUAGUUCGAGACGAACGAGAUCUCGAGGAUGCGGAGACUUCAUUUGCUCCUGAGAUGUCCCACCAGGUCUUCGGAGACAGUGAGACCAUCUUCGGAUACAAGGAUUUAAAAAUAAAGCUGUACUAUUCUGCUGGGUCUCUAGAAACUUACCUGGGUAUGAGUUAUUCUGAAAAAUUGCCAAAAGGAAUGUUUGAGGGAGUUGAAGCUGAUGACGUUCUGCCUAAGAUAAAAGACAAGUUGGUUUCUCAGAGUAACUUUCAGUAUUAUGUGAUUGAAAUAUUUUAUUAUUUAGAUGAACAAGAAAAAACUCGUAACUUUGAAGUUUACAAAGCGGAUAUGACUUGCAAGGGAUUCAAGGAAUAUCAUCAACGAUUGCAGACAUUUUUACUCUGGUAUAUUGACGCAGCGAGUUUUAUCGACAUCGAUGACGACCAGUGGCAUUAUUUCAAUAUGUUUGAAAAAUUUACAUCUACUUCUGGGUCUGUACGUUACUCAACUGUUGGUUUCGCUACUGUUUAUCAGUAUUACGCUUAUCCUAAUCACACAAGACCGCGUAUUGCUCAAAUUCUUGUCUUACCGCCUUUCCAAGGUUUGGGAUUAGGCGCUAAUUUACUGAGAGCUAUGUACCGGCAAUACAUCGGCGAUAAUCAAGUCAAAGACAUUACUGUGGAAGAUCCUUCUCCUGAUUUUCAACGAGUAAGAGACUACGUCGACGCACUGAAUUGCGCAACUCUCCCGGCUUUCGGACGGGAAUUCCUUCAAAGUAAAUUCAACAAAGCUAUGGCUCUGGAGGCGAGGGAAAAGUUUAAAAUUAACAAGCGACAAGCUAGGAGAAUUUACGAAAUCUUGAGGCUAAAAGUCACAGACCUCUCUAACGAGAAAGAGUACCGUGAUUACAGGCUUGAAGUAAAGAAACGUCUGAAUGUUCCUUACAAACGCGAGCGCAGAGAUCUUAAAAAAUUGGAGUCUGUUGUCAAGAGUCUGGAUAAGAAGGAAACUAACAACGUGAUCCUUUUGCCCAAUGAACAGCGCAUUCAAGCACUCGAAAAGGAGUACCGAGCGCUUGAAGAAGAGUACAAGAAAGUUAUAAAACACAAUUUAGAUGCAUGGAAAAAACUGCCAGCUUUUUGCGUAGGACCUUCUACAGAAGCCUGUGCUAAAGAGUGUCUUGAAUUAAAUUUAUGUGAAGGAUCUCACAGCGGGAAUGCUCGCGAGCUCGCUGAGUAUAUUGUAAAUAAAUUUAAAAAAAAUAUCAAACCUUUGCUGUAUCCUUGCAGCGAAAUAUCAAGAGAUACAAUUUUAAAAGUUUUAACUGCCAAUGACAUUAAAUUCGAGAAAUUAAAUGUGUAUAAAACUUUACCAGCAGAUUCGUUAGGAAAAGAUUUAUCAAAGAUUGUUUCAAAUAGGCCUCAAAUUUUUGUAUUUUUUAGCCCGUCUGUGGUAGAAUUUUUGGUAAAUGCUGCAAAAGAAAAAUCUUUGUCACUAGAUAAAAUAAAAUCUGUAGCGAUUGGACCUGUAACAGCAGAAGCGCUAGUCAAAGCUGAACUAUCCGUCACUGGUACCGCUGCUAAACCAAAUCCUCAUGUCAUUAACUAG